UAGAUUUCAGCAGGGGCAGACUGACCAUUCAAGCACUCGGGCACUGCCCGAGGGCCCGGGGUCAGUAGGGGGCCCCAUGAGAUGCCCCUGGUACCUUUCAUUGGCUUUUUCAUAAGCUUUUUUGGAUGUGGGUGAGCACACAGGAGCCCCAUGAUCCCCUAUUGCCCGGGGGCCCCAUAAAUUGUCAGUCCGCCCCUAGAUGGCAGUAUUAUUUACAUUUGUGUUGUUGGAUUUUACUGUUGUCAGGUCACUUAUACACAUUAGACGUGGGCUCUAUAACUAUGAGACAU